UCACAAAUGCAGUGUACAACUGGAGCACAGCCAAUGAGGUGUCCCAUAUGCUGCCAUACCUAUAAGGGAAAGAGAGCCCUUGCCACACAUUGUAAAGUUCAGCACCCCCAUCAACCCUGCUGUACCACAUGUUGGACAAUCUACAACUCCAUGGAAGACCUUCGUGCACACCAGAGGUCUCUACACCACACAGAGGAAACUUUCCAGUGUAGGGUUUGUCACAAGACGUUUGGAUACAAGAGGAACCUCUUAGUUCACAUGAAAGAGCAACAUCUUGAGACGGGGCAGGAGUUUCCUUGUAUGGAAUGUCAGAAGAUGUACAGGACUAAGAGAGCACUGAAGGAACACAUCAGGACACAUAGAAACCACAGAAAGUACACCUGUGAUGUGUGUGGAAAGUGUUUUACAACUAUGCCAGGGCUGCAGGACCAUUACGUACACAUUCACCAGACUUACUACUAGCUUUUACGCUUACCUAUAGUGAGUUUUUAUUUAACAAAUUAAAUUUAGCCUGUGUUUACACAAGCUCUCGCUGGCUGGAGUUAAUUACCCCCUCCUAGGGUGGCGGCAAUUGUAGGGCCGGCCGCUAGGGGCGUGAUUUUAGUCAGGCUAAUAUGUAAUUUUUCAUACCUUAAACUUUUUCAGCUCAAGCAGAUGAAAAUUAAAAGGCAUAUCGUAAUUAGUGUAUUCUGUGUUUCAUUGCACUAUGAUCACUACAUCAAUGUCUAUCAUCAAGUUAAAGCUAUAUUAUGUGCUCCAAGUUACAUAGAUUGUAUUGGUUGUUCUGUAGGUUAAGAGUUUGAAAAAGUAGAUACUCUGUCCUAUCUUGUAGAUAAUGUUGGAAUAUAUCUAAAUACGUCAGCACUAAACACUCAGUAAAGAUCGUGUGCUCAUGUCUGUCCUUGUGUAUGGGGUAAAUUUCGGACCAUGAUUGAAUUGCUCGUCACAGUAUAUGUUAAAGCGACACCUGGCGGUCUUUGUGUGUGGCUCAAACGUUUCGUACCAUGGUGGAAUAUAAGGCAUGGAAACUGAGGUCAAUUGGAAAUAAAUGAAUAUUCAGUUAUCAAAAUAUGAUUGGUUUCACUCUAAUGUUUUCUAUACACUGCUAAUUGAUUCUCAAUAAAAAUGAAAUUGUAUUAUCAAAGCUAUUUUUCUAGGCCUUAACUGUCCUACGUCAGAUGAGUGACAAACAAAAACAAAAUAGCAACUUGACCUGGCCAAGCCCUAUAACCUCCUUGACCUGACGGACGGAUGCACGCAGGCAUGGGUCUUAGCUCGCGACAUCCUAUGAUAAACAUUGAGAGUAUUGGGAGCUGACAAGUCGGUUCUGUCGGAGUGAAAUGUUGAUCCAGAAAUUGAUAAACGAUUUGAUGAUAAUGCUAUGUUGACAGUACACGGACACCUGAGUGAUUUCUCAGGUGUGGUAAUUAACAACUCUGGACCAUGUGGAUGAUGUGACUGUAUCUGGCUCAAGCCCCUCCACAAAGAACGUCAUACCUUCGUGAAGUCGUGAACAUCCAGUUUUUGUGACGUCGGUCUUCACAAAUAAGAGACCAUGCCUCGACUGUCGACUGUGGUGAACCGGAUGAAGUGGUGCAUACUGGGAGCGUGUCUGACGUUACUCGCCUGCCAUAUCCUGUUUGUAGUGAUGGACAGGUUGGCGUGGAACCACCCAGGCUCCAGACUCGUGUUCAUACGGGGAGGGGCUCAUGAUGUUACCAGGUGUAGAAGAUCCAAAACAUUUAACAGCCUAGAAACUCUAGCUGAAACAAAAUGGCGGCUGAUGAAUAUCCGGGACAUCAAGUCAGCUACGAUCAACACAGCCGUCGAGGACCCGGAUGUAAAACCUAUCGGUUGUGGUGUCUCCUUCUCUGCAGACAUUGAGCAGGUGACAAGGAUGGGUGACUGUGUGACUUCUAGAGUCUCAGUCAAGUCUGUCUUCAGCAACCUCUCUCACUAUCAGGGAGAGAGCCAUCUGCGGGAGAUCAAAACACACUACCUGGACCGCGUCCUGGAUACCGGUCUGACCGUCCCAUCGUCCCUCGUGGUGCUGCCCUUCUCCAGUCUGACCGGCAAACACGCCCAAGACAUCAAACAGGCUGUAGACUGCGACAUCAGCGACAAGACACUCUUCAAGAAAGGAGUGACGGUGUACGUGGCGAGCUGGGUACCCAACCUGGGCGCCUUCCCCAAGAUGACACCGAGUUUGGCUGAUAGAAUCCACCCUGACAACUUCUUCACAUACGUGACGUUUCUCUACAUCGCCAACUGUAUGAAGUCGGGACAUUCCCACUUCGCCACCUCGGACAUCCUUCACUACGUUAUGAUUGAUAACGACCGUUGUCUGCUACCAGAGAAGGUUUCAACCAUCGAGAUGCCGCUUCACUAUAGGAAACGCCUUACCAAGAUCAACAGCAUCUUAUUCCGUGAUGGACAUGUUUGCAGUGUCCCGCCCUACCUGAUUAGUCACAUGCAGACGGCCAACUCGCCAUCAUCGUUGACUCCUAGCAUUGGGAGUCAAUUUAGGAAAAUGGUGGCUGUGAAUGUGAUCUCAAGUCUUGUCCUGCAAGAGGACCCAGAGAUCUACGAAGAAACAGACGGUAGAGUAGCGACACUGGUAGCGGAGUAUAAUUACCGUUGUAACGCCCGAGACGUCUCUAACUACGACGGCCAAGUGUCCAAGUCUUUCAGAGAGUCUAGAAUCGUUGAUUAUGACUUUAUUGAUGAGAAACAAGAACGCAUCGCAGUGGAACUAGAAGGAGGUUUGACGGGCGUCGCGACUGUUGUCCGUCCCAGUGUCGGAACAACAAUCCCACAGCCGGCCCUCGCCAAACUAUUUGCCUACUAUGUAGAUCGCCUGACUGGUAUCAACAGGAUGCCAACAGUCGUGUACAGAUUAUUACAUCUCGACAUACCCGAACUAGAAAACACUCACAAUUUGACAGAAAACAAGACCCAGGGCAUGACUGACGAUUUCAUGUGGAAAUCGCACGGGCGCCAAUUUGGAAAUGGGGGUGCAACACAUCCCAAACAAGUAUCGCCCAACCUGGGUUCAAAGAAACUGAAUGUGGUGUUGGUCGGAAAAAUGAAAGACUUUCACGGCAACGUUUCUAUCCAUCAUGAAGGCAACUUGAGAGAUUUUUUCCGCCAUGAAGCAAGUUUCGAACAUCUGGAGAAGAUGAACUAUUCCCGGCAGACCUUGUUGGACAUGGCCGACAUCUUUCUCUUGGACUUCCUGGUACAUCGUCCUGACCGGAAAAUCUUUGUCAAGUCUGAACUCCGUCUGGUGUCGACUGGAGAAGCCGAGGCCUGGUGGACUCACACGAACCAGUCCGUCUGUUCCGCCAUCUUGAGAUGUCCACCUGUGCUGUACAACACUGUCUGGAGCCACCGCCAUUACCGGUGCAACCAAACAUGUGGGGAUGGCGUCAGCACCUACCUUAGCAACUGUCGCUUUCGGGCAAGCACCGUACAACGGAUAAGAAACAUACAGAAGGAGGGAUCAACCCUGGAAGACAUGGUACAGAUGAUGAUUAAGAACGAGAAGGGUCUUCCAAGUAUCCUUAAAGGACUUGGCGCAAGAGUGAAAUACUUGAUGAGUUAUGUGGACAUGUGCGAACGGGAAUACGGAAGAGAUAUUCUCCUGUAGUGAAAAACUCACAGAGGCAGGAAAAAUAAUUCUUAUGGGUCCUUUGACGGAAAGACGUUAAGCCUAUAAAUGUGCCCCAAAUGUUCAUGAUGGUGAAAGGGAAGGGGACAAGGACAAAGUUCGAAAAUAAGUUUAAGAAAACUGUCAAUUUACUUAAAGGAAUUCAAAAGGCGAGAACCACGAGAGAUAUUCAGAAUAAUAUGUCGUUUGAAAUUUUAUUUAUUGAUGUAAAAAAUGCGGACAAUUAUUAUGAACUUAACGCCUUGGAUACUCUUUAUGGAGACUGAAACAUUCGUGGUUACUCGAACUUAACAUGCAGCUGUUUUUAAAGAUGAGAAAAUGUUGACAUCAAAGAAUUAAAAGGAAUUUUGUCUAAAUGAAGUUUUGAAGAAAAAAGGGACUUACCGUACAGCAAAAAAGACAAAA